AUGCACGUGACUUCCCGAUUCGAUCAACAACCAAGCUCCUUCUCUCUUCCAUCAUGCCCUCUGCUUGCACCAGUGGAUAUGGCGUCGACGGCCCUCCCAGUGAAGCGCUCCUCAUCUCACUUUGAGGAAAUCGACAGCAAGCGCCCGAAACAAUAUUAUCAUCAUCACCACCGCCUGAAGAAGCCCAUUACCCUAGCAGCUUCGUCUGAGCCCGCCGUUCAAGAUGAGGCCCACUUCGACUACCUUAUGAAUCGCUCGAUCGGUACAAUUCUUCAGGAUGUGGGAUUCGAGCUAGCUGAUCCCGCCGCGCUAUCGAGCUUGCGCAGCGCCGCAGAUUCAUAUCUUCUUCGCAUCUCAAAAUAUGUUCGCCAGUCAAUGUUAGCAUCCCGACGUACUCAACCUAUUCCUCCCGACUUUGAACUCGCUCUUAGUCGUGUCCGUCUUUCUCCCGAUGACCUCCGCCCCUAUACAAAAUCACACGAAAAUAUUACUCCCAUUCCGACUCUCCUCCCAUCACCUCCGCCUGAAGAUGAACUUACGCGUAAAAUUCCUUUCUUGAAUGCAUUGCGCGGUGAGGAAUCAUCAACAAAUCGCUCCUAUGUCCCGAAGAAUUUCCCCGACUUCCCUAGCAAACACACAUAUUCCGCCACAGCAGUUUUCACAGAGCGAGAUAAUGACCCUCGGCAAAUUCGAGAACGCGCUGCAGAAGAUGGACGUCAUGGUGAAGAGGCUCUCCGUAGGUUAGCUGCCGCAGCACACCGAGGUGACAAUGUGUCUAGUUCUGGCGUGAAGGAUAAGAAGCUUUGGGGCCGACGUCUCGAGAAUAUGGAAACUAUGUUUGAAAGGACAGUGAAGGGGCUUGCGAAGAAAUUACAAAAAGAUCAGAAGGAUCCGCUUGCGCUUGCGCCUACGGCGGCAGCUCUUAAUUCUGCUAUGGAGAUUGAUUCGGGUACCCAUGCUGAUGGAGAUCCGAGGUCGAAACUUAAACCAUCUUUGAAUCUGGAUAUGGGUCCGAUCGUCAAUUGUGAGCGCGAUUUCUGGCGUCGGCCUGCGACUGCUCUCCGUGGGAAAGAGGAAAAACCGGCUAAACCGGCUCCUCCUGGGAUGGAUGCUUUGCGCACAUAA